UUGAACUGUGUGUCACUGAUGCAGCACAUACACGGCUCAGGCGACGAGGGGUUGGUCAGUUCUGUGGCUGUCCCUCUACUGACCACACAAGUCAAAAUGCUGGAGUUCGGGUCUAAACUGAUGUCCUCUCACACAGCCUCCCUGGCCCUCCACUGUUGUCAGUUCACUCCUCUAGAUGGCAGCACCAGUUUUGUCCCAGCAUUCCAUGCUGUGUAUAAAGUUCUGAACGCCCUGCUGGUUCACAACACGAACACCGUUUACGGAGUUAUCCCCUCCUUCCUCAGCUGUACCAAACAUAUCCUUUUACACUGCUGUGGAAUACAAAUAAAAGAUCUCGUCACCGGGGUGGUCGAACCAUAUUCUGUCUUUCAUGGUCGCUGUUCUGGUUGUGAGUGGAUUUUGAUACCAGAGUGCUGAAAGUAUGUAGUAUCUCUAGGUCU